CCCAGCUGCAAAAGACGUGUUGCGGCCGGCGGCCACUGACAAGUGGCCCUCUGCCCCACCGGCGAAAACACGGGGUUCCCGCCCCCCCUGAAACGCACCCGACCACAGCGCCGGAAACGGUGGUGGUGGUGGUCGUAGUAGCAGUAUAACUAGAACGAGCCGAAGCCAUCGGCGGCCCAGUAAAAGUUUUAGUACCAGCGAGGGUGGUGCUCAUCGUCACUCGUCAGUAGCGAGGAGACCAGGCGGAGGCGGCGGGGCGGCAAAUGCUGGACGUCCCCCGCGGGGUCGCGGGACGAGAUGGACACGCCGGAUAGGCCCCGCGCCGGCGACGCCGCCGGGUUCGAGGACUCUCCUGUCUUUAAUUUCAUCAACAAUCUCUCACCUAUACCAGUACCUAAACCUUUAGACUCAGCACAUAAUGUGCAGCUAUUCAAGUCAUCGGACUUGGCACAUGUUUCUUCAAUCUUUGCCUCACCACAUGUCAAUCCAGCAAAGGAACCUAAAUUUCUCAUCAGGGAUGAUUCUGUUCAAGUUGCCCAAGAAUCAAACUCACCUAACAGUGUUAGAACUCGGAUAGGAAGCUCAAGCACUUUUAGAUUGAUCAGAUGCAGCAACAUUGUUUCAGAGAAUUGCAAUAUCACUUGUCAUCUAAACGAGGCUUCUAAUGUUUCUUCAGAUAAUACACAGAAUGGUGUUGGCAGUGUGGAAAGUGACAAGAAUCAAUGUGCUGAUGGUGAAACAGACCUUACUGUAUCCCAGGAGUGUACAGACCUAGAAGGUAUUAUCCUUGAUCAGAGUGGCCCAAACAAAAUGGAUCCAUCACAUUCUGGUAAAGGUGUGCAUGAAAACCAGCUAUCUGAACAAAAUAAGGAUGGGCUCACUGCAUUUAAUGGGGAUUACAUGAUUACGCACCAACCAAGUGUUAUGCUGACAUUAGCUGUGCCAUUUGAGGCAGAAACACUGUCAUUGAAUGAUACACUAAAAACUGAUAAUGCCUACUCUUGUAAGUCCUUGCUGAAUGACAAGUCGAGUGGUUAUUACAUCCAAAAUUCUGUGCAUGAGCCUCAUCUUUACUGGGUUGGGGCAGUUGAUGGGGCGACAGUAGAUUAUACUCCCCAAAUGCUCCCUGAUGCUUUGCAAAGUCAGUUGAUGCCAAAUGAUCAAAUCUGUAACAAGCUCAAUCAGCCCAGUGAUUACAUGCCAACCGAACAAAAUGCCUUGUCACAGCAUUUACGGGGCAUGCGUAGGCGCAGCCUUUUCAACGAGAAGGCAGGGGCUACUAAUGUAAAUAAAGCUUCAGAUCAUCAUUUUGCAAGUUCAUCUACCCCCAAAUGCAAAAUUAUUUCUGGCGACAACAACUCAAAGCCUCUGAGAACCCCUCCAUGCGCAUUGCCUGGUAUUGGCUUGCAUUUAAAUGCCCUUGCCACAUUAUCAAAAGGAAAAAUAGCCCCUCAAGACACCCAAUCUACUCUAAAUCAAUCCAGCAUCUUACCAUGCCCUGCUGGAUCUUCUCCACCACCAUCUGAACAAAAUAUUAUAAAUGACGAUUUUUCUCAAACAACCAAUGUUGCAAGUGCUGAAGAUCCUAGUCAGGGCAGUCCCAAGAAGAAAAGGCACAAGUUUGAUAAUGGUGAUGACACUUCAUGCAAGCGUUGUAGCUGUAAGAAGUCAAAAUGCUUGAAACUUUAUUGUGAGUGCUUUGCGGCUGGAGUAUACUGUUCAGAGCCCUGUUCAUGUCAAGGCUGUCUGAAUACCCAUAGCCAUAUGGAAACAGUUCUAUCUACUCGACAGCAGAUUGAAUCUCGGAAUCCAUUAGCAUUUGCCCCUAAAGUAACUCACACAUCUGAUCCUGACCAGGAAUUAGGGGACUACACCAACAAAACUCCUGCUUCAGCUCGUCACAAAAGAGGCUGCAACUGCAAGAAGUCAUCUUGUACAAAAAAAUACUGUGAAUGCUUUCAGGGUGGUGCGGGAUGCUCCAUGAGUUGCAGAUGCGAGGGCUGUAAGAAUGGUUUUGGAAGAAGGGAGGGAGUUGCUGUGUUAAGCAUAGAGGAAGCUAAGUGGCCACUAGAAGAAAAGAAUGCUUGUGUGAAAGAAGAAAAAUGUGAAAAUGACAAAUAUCUCGUUAUCUACCAAGCUACUGACCCUGCUCCUGCUGAGAAUGUACUGGCAACACCUUUGAUUGUGGACUGCAGACCCUUGGUUGCUCUUCCACCCCCAAGCUCCAAGAAGCCACAGCCACGAUCUUCGACAAAAGUCACUGGACAUUCUUCUCGGCUGUGCAACUCUCAAGCUCCUCUGAAAUCUGACAUUCUGCUCUCCCCGUUCAAAAACUACGCAGAGAUGUUUCUUGGGGAUAGCACACCAGAAACCCUGAAUGGAAAUUCGUCUCCUCAAACUUCUGUCAAGGUUGUGUCCCCUAAUAAGAAGAGAAUCUCCCCCCCACGUAUUGGCACAGGAUUGUCUCCAAUCUGUAAGAGUGGCAGGAAGUUUAUUCUCAAGUCCAUCCCUUCUUUCCCUUCUCUCGGUGGUGACAUAAACAGUGAGGAUCCAAAGAGCAAGUCACCAGCGCCUUGAAUUCAUCAUCAUUUGGCACUUGCGGUAAACCCUUGCUUCUUGUUGAGAACUUGAGAUGUUAAUCCUUUCCAAAUCUCCACUCGUCUAAUUAAUCUCUUUCCCUGUACGGGCUCUUUCCUUGUUUUCGUGUUGGUUUCCCCGAUCGCCAGUAUCCUGUAGGCAGCUGCAUCAGAGUUGGUUCUAUCAUAUGUUACCUAUUUAUGAACAAAUAAGUGAGUUUUGUUUGCUCAAUUUUGUUUAGAUUUUGACUAAUGAUCAUUAUGAUUUGUUUAAUAAUCCACCGCAUGUUGUCCGAAAUCCCCCCUCCAGAGCCUCCUGUGAAAUUUGACCUGCUGGUAUUUAUGUCCGGACUCGACUCUCUGUUGUUGGGUUGCCUAUUGUUGUCGGUCUGUAAAAUUUCAUGCCUUUUAUGUUCGUGAGAUCAAACUAUUAAGACUUAUAUGUACUUGGGAUUAAAAA